AUGCCGCCAAGACAGAGGCUGCCGGUCAUCAGUCCUUCGGCAGAACCAGCGCCAAAGUACGGACGGCAUCAGCACGGCGCACGAAGAACAUCGUUCUGGAAGUCCGAGUCUGAUCAAUACUGGGAAAAAUGUCGACACAACACGCGAUCUAGGCAGAGAAAGGCCGUGGGGCUGACAGCUGUUGUUGUGGUGGUGAGCCUGUUGCUGCUGGCGGCUGGACUGAGAGGGCGAAGAACAGAGCCGGUCGUGGAGGAGGAGGGGGCAACAAGUUCUCUAGAUCGUACCGGGGAGUUGAUAACAAGUUCUUUAGAAGAAGCGGCGCCAGCCGAUGAUAGUGGGAAUACGAACGGCUUGCGGCUUAAGACACUGGCGUGCGUCGGAAGCGGGAAAAAACAUGAGCUGGAGAGCAAAACGUGUGCAAAGGUGUGCGCGAAAGCUCGUACCACAGCACCAAGACCCCUCGCCCAUCGAUCGUGUUUGGCUGGUUGCCGGGCGGGAGUCACAACGGCAUGGGAUACGGCAUGUGUUGGAGGUCGCCACCGCGAUUGCGUCAGAGAAUCGACGGAGCGGUGCGACUUCCACUGCGCGAGCUAUCGAAACCAGUUCCCCAAGCCAACCAUUUUCAACCAGUGCCUGCGCUCCUGCCUUGACGUUGUGGACACCACGUGUCUGAAGUCGAAGGAGGUGUUUGCUUCGGCAGAGACGUUUGACCAGUGA